CCACUUGGAUGUUAAACCACCAGAAGAUCUCUUUGAUCUUCCGCGAGAGCGAGUGCAUCUGCAGCUACCUUUUUGAUGAGGCGGAAACUAGAUCGCAUAAUCUCCUCCACCAACUUCAUGCUUCUGUGCUUUUUAUUUUACUAGUAGCCUAUAAAAUGAAUGCAUUUUAAAACCGUGUGACCAAUCGGCAAGUCAUAUGAACUGAGGCAAUAGAGAACAUUUUUUCAUUUUUAUUUCCAAACUAAAAUAAUGUCGUAAGUGCCCUUUUUAAUGAAUAAGAAAAUUCCUGCCUCUCGUUGGCGAACUACGCAUCACUUUUUUUUUCAUUAUAAAACAAAUGGAAGGGAAUGAAAGACUUCCCAAAAGACACCAAACUUCUGAUGUCAAUGAUCACAGAUUACGAGUAGUUAACUCCAACGCGGCUCAGAUAAUAGUGAAGACAUCAGGAAAAUGGAAUUGCAAUACAUUAAACUGUGAACAGCCCAACACGCCUCAACAACUGCCUUCUCUUGCGUUAAUUUGCCGUUUACAAGAUGCUCAUAAAUUUCGUAGUGUGUUUCAUCUCAAUGGAAUGUCAGUUGGAAUAACAGUUGAAUUGGCUACUAUGGUCAAGAGAGAGAAUACAGCAGUCUUUGAAGAGUGAAGUGUGAUUAUCCUGAAUAUUUCUUGGUUGAUACGACUCUUUAUCUAUCUUUAUUUGUUAAAAUGUGUUUUCCUCGUGAAGAAAUACAAUUGUACUUUUAAACAAGAGACUUGUGGUUAGUGUAGUGUGUGUUUGGUACAUUCUCCCGUCAUUAAUGAAAAUGACGGAAUACAAACUUGUGGUGGUCGGAGCUGGAGGUGUUGGGAAAAGUGCCUUGACAAUACAGCUAAUACAGAAUCAUUUUGUUGAUGAAUAUGAUCCUACAAUAGAGGAUUCUUAUCGGAAACAAGUAGUAAUUGAUGGAGAAACAUGUCUUCUGGAUAUCCUUGAUACUGCUGGUCAAGAAGAAUACAGUGCUAUGCGUGAUCAGUACAUGAGAACAGGAGAAGGCUUUCUCCUGGUGUUUGCCAUUAAUAAUGCAAAAUCAUUUGAAGAUAUAAGUAUGUAUCGAGAACAAAUAAAGAGAGUGAAAGAUGCAGAGGAGGUGCCCAUGGUCUUGGUGGGCAAUAAGUGUGAUCUCCCAACUCGGGCAGUUGAUACUAAUCAAGCAAUGGAUGUAGCAAAACAGUACAUGAUUCCUUUUAUUGAAACAUCAGCCAAAACUCGAUUGGGAGUAGAUGAAGCCUUCUACACCCUUGUUCGAGAAAUAAGGAAAGAUAAAAUGCAUCUGAGGAAGCCACGCAGAACAGUGCGAACUGCAAUACUCGGUUACAGACGAAAACCAUGCUGUCUCUUAUAAUUCUACAGAGUACCAUCAUAGCAUGGGACGACUAAUCUAACAUUCAUAAUUCUGACAUUAAAUAGUAAUGCUGUGAUGGUAACUUAGAAAUAUGUGGACCAUUUAAAGCAGCAUGAAAUUUUGCAUUAAAAGUGAACUUCAGUGUAAAAGAAGACAGGUAAAAAGCUUGAGAAUUGUUGCAUGGCUCAAUGUUACUAGGUGUGUUGCAGAAAUAUCACAUUCCAUUCCAAUGGAAGAAGAAUGAGUAGCAUUGUUAACUUGUAGCGCACAAGAGAGAAUUGAGUGAUGAACAUUAAAUAUUCCCUCUAUUUUGAAAUUUUUUUGGGGGGGAGGGGGGGGGGGAUUCCUCCCUUCAGUAUUAUUGGUUGCAGUUUGCAUUGAGAACUUGAGAGGAUGAAGAAAUUUGGUGCAUUACUUCCCAUCUAGACAGGGUUCUCAAGAGGAAGCUGUGAAAACCACGCACAGUUGAGCAUUUUGAAAAUAAAUUGUUGAGUAAUUACCGAUAUAUUGAUCAGAUAUUGACGAGACUGGAAAUUUUCGUGUUGUAGCCAAACAUGCUGAUCAACAUAAAUGAAACUUUUUAAUGAAGUUGUUAUUAUGUAAUUCUAGACUAUUUUGUCAAAUUUUAUUAUGCCAUAUCAGUUGAUGCAAAAGUGUCUUCUUGUAGCAAUUAUAUAUACAUAUAGAUUAUAUAUAUACACACAACAUAUAAAUAUAUAUAUUUAAGAUAAAAGGCCCUCAUGUCCAUGCAAUGGAAGUGCAGUUUGAUUUGGAAAAAGUAAUCAUAUGCCAAAAAUUAUUUCUGUUACAAAAUUGUAGAUAUUGCCUAAGAGGCAGAUGAAAACAUUGGAUCAGGAAACUGCACUGUUAUAUGUUAUUGUUGUAUAACUUUACUCCUGAACACAAAAUCAAGAGCAGCUUGAAAUUGUAUAAUUUUAAAUCAGAACUCAGGAUUAUAUGGAAACAAUCAAAAGGUUUAAAACUGCAGAACCAAAGAGAGAACACUGACAGUAAAUUUAUUUCAUUCUUUUUUGUAUGUUAAAGAAUGACUAAAUAGCUGAUAAUACUCUAGAAACAUUGUUUCUUUCCAUCUCAAAAUAUGACUUUCCAAGAGGCAGCAGGGCAUUCAUUUGUGAACUGUUCAUUGUGACUUAUUAAAUUGUUCCCUGUAGUGAAGUGUAAAAUUCUUUUACCUCGUGUUCUCAAUUAUUGUCCUGUUUGUAAUGUGGAGUUUCGCUCUUGGCCAAAUUUAUUACUUCUAGUCCAAACCUUGCAUCCAUGAAUCUAAUCCACAUUCACUUUCUGUGUAAUUUCCAUUAUCUAUCUUUCCUUUUUGAUACCAAAUAUAAAUGUUUGCAUGAAUAUCUGGGCCAUCAUUUUAUCUUCAGGUGCUGAAAUGUGUCAUAUUACACUCAAUUUGCAUUUUCAAUGAGAAGUUCUCUCUAUAUGAAUCUAAGCAUAUGACUGAAAUGGUUCUGUACUCUAUGAAUGAAUGUUUUGUCACUUCUUGUAUUUUACUAUGUAGAUUUGUGUUUAAAAAUGCUACAGAUCUUUGUUGAAUGGUUUCACCAAAACAAUUACUGAUGUCUUGAAGUUACUAUAUUGUCUUUGGAAAUGGAGAGCAUGUAAAACUCUUUUCAGGAGGAGACUGAUCUCUGAUUACUAUGUGCAUUUUACUAUUUUGCAAUAUUUUCACAUAUCUUGAAAUUUGUGAACCUCUCCAUGCAUGCCUUCUUUAACAUCGUACAACUACCGAUCUGUGAAAAAUGAUCUUUUUGACAUUUUUCAAAUGCUGAAUUUGAUUAAAAAUGAAACCCUUGUAUGUAUUGUAUUUACAGUUAACACGUCUCUACAAGUACCUUGAAAUAAAUAAAUCACUUUUAUUUUAUUUG